AUGGAUAUGCUGUCGGACCCGGAUUUCUGGAACAGGAUGAUCGAUGAAGUGGCGGGGGCGGCAAUCAGACAGCAAAAACUGGUAUCGAAAGUACGGAACGUGCUGGAGGCUCAAGCACCUCGUGCCCAACCAACACUUACCACUAAUGGAUCCACCCCGUCCGAAACCAUCACAAUACGCACGGAUCCCCGUGGUUUCGAGUCCUUCCUCAAGAGUAUCAAUCGCUGCUCGUCCUUACUCGAUGCCAGGAGACUCAAAAGCGAUAUUCUCCGAGAAGUUCGGCGUACCCGGACGUUGUUGGCUAACCACGAGAAAGAAGACUGGAUUAACGGGGAAAGGACGGAGGACGUCGUCGCGUACCUUGACAGAUUAUAUACUGCCAAACGCAAGGUCGAGCAAAGGAUUGUUGUGCUAGGCGGCGAAGAUGAUUCUGUAUGUCGACUAAGUGUGCAAUACCCCAACACCCCUCGCCUUGGGCUUCGUGACGUCCUGACGAAUCCAAGUCUCCUAUCAUACUUUAUGGAGUUCAUGGAUCGUCGAAACCGAUCGCUUUUGGUCCAAUUUUGGCUCACUGUAGAAAGCUUCAAGAAUCCUUUGGAAUCUGUGGAUUCUGGUUCGUCCGACGAGGAACAUGAUCCUAUUCAAGAUUUGUCUAGCUCCACCACCGCUAAGGAAGACGUUUCUAUGGUCCACGAAUUAUACUUUUCAAGUCCCUCCUUAGCGCCUGCACUGGGGGCGAUAUCAGAGAAGCACGUUGACGCAAUACGGUCUUUCUCAAGUGCAGACGAGGACAAUCCAUCACCAGAUUCUGUAAGGAAAGCCCGUAGGAGCGUGAUGCUUGCCCAAAGACAAGUCGAACGCGACAUGGAGCAGGAUUUUGAAGACUUUCAACGUUCUGACCUCUGGUUCCGCGUGAUUGGUGACGCGGAAUUGACUAAGAAGAACCAUCCCGAGCCAACGCCUGAAGGUCGGGCAAGGUCUGGCACGACUCCUCUCCCUUCCAGAGCUCCUGAAACGAAGAGUCACCCCAAACCUCACUUCUACGUCCCUCGCUCUGAGUCUGCUCCUUUACUCAGCAUUCCAGGGAAGUCAAAACCCGCAUCCGUGCAUUCAAGUGGCUCAGGACAGUCCUCUCCUGGCGAGUCUUCUAUAGGGUCUACUGCGCACCCUACCCGAGCCCCCGUUUCUACUCUCGAGCUCCUUAUGUCACCCGCUUCGGAUACGGAGGUGGAGGCUUCUCGGGCGCCGCUAUUCGACGAUCCCGAGGAUGGCACGCCCAGCCGUCACGAUCAAGCACACUUAGACCGCGUCGAAGCCAUCCAGGCGGCUCUGACGGAUAUCAUUGCUUUGGAUAAUCAGCAGUCUGAGAGGCCUCGACCUCUUGGGUCUUCUGACGACUCACUCGGUCAAAAAGCCGCUAAUGCAGGUCAGGAACGACAGAAGAAGAGAGUACUGUUCGAAAGCGAAGUAGAGGGAGACGAUAGGCAUGACGAUGAGGAUGAGGAGAGCCACGGUUCAUUCCAGCUAGCCAGACCCGGCGAUCUACAGCUGUCGUACGAAAUUGCAAGACUCGGAGAUAAGAUAUCUAAUCUUCAAUCGCAAGAUGCCAUGCUGGAUACAUUGAUCAACAAGGCCGAAUUGACUGGUGAUACGCAAGAGCUCCGUCUUCUUCGAACGUCCAGGUCGUCUCUUCGAAGGGAGCUGCGGGAACUUAAGUUCCAGAAGGAACAAUAUGAGCAGCAAGAUUCCGCAAAUCGUCUAAUAGCCGACAGGACAAAGGUCUCCAUUGUCAACUCUACAGUAGGAGAAGAAAGUGGCAAGAGCGUCGUUCGGUACGUGAUUGAAGUACAGCAACUUGCCGCCGAUGGCACUUUUGGUUCUGGGUGGGUCGUCGCAAGAAGGUACAACGAGUUUCUCAAUAUGCACAACAAACUUAAGGACCGCUAUGUGCAAGUCAAGAGUCUCGAGUUUCCAGGCAAGCGACUGGUAACGUCUCUGUCUGGAAGCUUUGUGGAUACACGCCGGGCAGCCUUGGAAAACUUCCGACAGAGCUUGAUUUCCAUACCAGCCGUAUGCGAGAGCGACGAGCUGCGCGCAUUUUUAUCCCGAGAUUCGCCAUUUAUAGCGGUGGAGCCAUCCACGACUUCGGUCAAGGGUCCCGGCUUCCCUGCUCGAGACAUUGUCAGGACUGUCUACAACUCAGUAGCUGAGAGCAUCGAUGACAUGUUCUUUGGACCAUCGAUGUUAGAUGUCAUGAUACAGCGGCUAACUCGUCAGGCCGCGGAAUAUGCUGGAGUUUCAGGCUCUGGAGCCAGUGAUGAAGACUUAGUCUCUCAGAUCCUCAGAGCGGCCGGGAAGAGUACGAACGAAGAAACCCUGAUGAAGAUGUCUGGCGAUUUGAAGCCGCUGGACGGGGAAACCAGCGCGUCAUCGUUCUCAGCGCCGAUAUGCGAUCUUGUGCUUGCGGUGUUUGAGCUGAACAAAAAGAAUAAUUGGUUGAGACGACAAGCAAUCGUAAUCAUCCUACAACAAGUCCUCGGUGGUACGAUUGAACGGAAAAUAUACGAAAUUGCCCGGACAUUCUUCGACGAAGCUCGCCUUCUCAGCUUUGUAACUGCGUUCCGGGACGGGCUAUGGCCAGGGGGGCAAUUGAAGCCCCCUAGUACGCCUCGUACUGCAGAAGAGAAAGCGAAAACCAGGGAUGAAGCGAACCGCAAACUCUCAGCAUUGAUACCAGACCUGGCUGCCAACAUGAUCGGAAGAUCGAAUGCGCGACGAGGAGCCCGCAGGAUAUUCGCCGUCUUGCAAAACCGGCGGUUGAAUCAGCAUAUCAUCUACAGCGUAGUUGACGAGGUGAGCACCCUUGCGUGA